UCCUCUCGCGAAACACGAUGCGACGCAAGAAUGUGAAAGAGUCCCGCCCGCCGCCAUUUUCUUUCUUUCUUGGCAGGCUGGGAGGACGGUAGGAAGUAGUGGAAGGAGACAUGUCGGAUUAUUCUACGGUGCCUCCUCCUUCUUCGGGAGCACCCGGCGGAGGCGGAGGAGGUGGCGGGGCAGUCAAUGAUGCUUUUAAAGACGCGCUGCAACGGGCUAGGCAGAUUGCAGCAAAAAUUGGAAAUGAAUCAGGGACAUCUGUGAAUUCAAAUGAUUACAGUUAUGGGGGACAAAAAAGACCUCUUGAAGAUGGAGAUGGCUCUUGGACAAGUCCGAGCAGUACAACACACUGGGAGGGAAUGCCCUCUCCUUUUAAAGAUCAACCAGAACCUAAGAAAGUUGCUCCCCCAAACAAUGAUUCUUUUGGAAAUCAGUUACCACCCAUGCAUCAGCAACAGAGGUCUGUAAUGACAGAAGAAUACAAAGUUCCAGAUGGAAUGGUUGGAUUCAUAAUUGGCAGAGGGGGAGAACAGAUAUCUCGCAUACAGCAAGAAUCUGGAUGUAAAAUACAGAUUGCACCUGAUAGUGGUGGGCUUCCUGAAAGAUCUUGCAUGUUGACUGGAACACCUGAAUCAGUACAAUCUGCAAAGAGAUUGCUCGACCAGAUAGUUGAAAAGGGAAGGCCUACACCAGGAUUCCAUCAUGGUGAUGGCCCAGGAAAUGCUGUCCAGGAAAUCAUGAUUCCAGCUAGCAAAGCAGGAUUAGUUAUUGGAAAGGGUGGAGAAACUAUAAAGCAGCUUCAAGAGCGUGCAGGUGUUAAAAUGGUGAUGAUUCAAGAUGGACCACAGAACACUGGAGCAGAUAAGCCUCUUAGGAUCACAGGAGAUCCUUACAAAGUCCAACAAGCAAAGGAAAUGGUUUUAGAUCUAAUUCGUGAUCAAGGUGGCUUCAGAGAGGUACGAAAUGAAUACGGAUCAAGAAUAGGAGGCAAUGAAGGCUUAGAUGUACCAAUACCACGUUUUGCAGUUGGUAUUGUAAUUGGAAGAAAUGGCGAAAUGAUAAAAAAGAUACAGAAUGAUGCUGGUGUAAGGAUUCAAUUUAAACCAGAUGAUGGAACAACACCUGAUAGAAUAGCACAGAUCACAGGACCACCAGACAGAUGUCAGCAUGCAGCUGAAAUUAUUACAGAUCUUCUUCGAAGCGUUCAGGCUGGCAAUCCUGGAGGUCCAGGGCCUGGUGGUCGUGGUAGAGGAAGAGGUCAGGGGAAUUGGAAUAUGGGACCACCUGGUGGACUGCAAGAAUUUAAUUUUAUUGUUCCCACUGGAAAAACUGGAUUAAUCAUUGGGAAAGGUGGUGAAACUAUCAAGAGCAUUAGUCAGCAGUCUGGUGCAAGAAUAGAACUUCAGAGAAAUCCUCCACCAAAUGCAGAUCCCAACAUGAAAUUAUUUACUAUUCGAGGGACACCACAACAGAUUGAUUAUGCUCGGCAGCUUAUAGAAGAAAAGAUUGGAGGUCCAGUAAAUCCUUUGGGGCCUCCUGUACCUCAUGGGCCUCAUGGUGUUGUUCCUGGGCCACAUGGACCCCCUGGGCCACCUCCUGGGGCUCCAAUGGGACCUUACAAUCCAGCUCCUUAUACCCCUGGUCCUCCUGGUCCUGCACCUCAUGGACCUCCAGCACCAUACGCUCCACAAGGAUGGGGUAAUGCAUAUCCACAUUGGCAACCACCAAAUCCUCCAGACCCUGGUAAGCCAGCAGAUCCUAAUUCAGCAGCUUGGGCAGCCUAUUACGCCCACUACUAUCAACAGCAAGCACAGCCACCCCCUGCAGCUCCACCUAGUGCACCACCUGCCACUCAGACUAACGGACAAGGAGAUCAACCAAAUCCAGCACCAGCAGGGCAGGUAGAUUAUACCAAGGCUUGGGAAGAAUACUAUAAAAAAAUGGGUCAACAAGGGCAGCCACAAGAUUAUUCAAAGGCUUGGGAGGAAUAUUACAAGAAGCAAGGUCAAGCUGUUCCAGCUCCAACUGGAGCCCCACCAACAGGUCAGCCAGAUUACAGUGCAGCAUGGGCUGAGUACUACCGACAGCAGGCAGCUUAUUAUGCCCAGACAAGUCCACAAGGAAUGCCACAACAUCCUCCAGCACCACAGGGCCAAUAAUAAGAAGUGGACAAUACAGUAUUUGCUUCAUUAUGUGGGGGAAAAAAACCUUUGUUAAAUGUAUGGAUGCAGACGCCUUGAUGAAGAUCAUAAUUUUGUUUGGUUUAAAAAUAGUGGUUUUUUUUUUGAAAUGUACAAAAUAUCUAUCACAACUGAUAGGAGGUAAUAUUUCUGUGUAGAAAUGGAAAUUGGUUUGUUUUUAGUACAUUAGUGUAGAUGUACACAUUCCAGCAAAUGUAUUUGCAACUAUUAUGUGGUCAAUGCUUUGUGAUAUAAAUGUACUUUUUCAAUGUAUACUUGAUCACUUUUAAAUGCUUGUUUUGUGCUUUGCAAUAAAUAAUAUGAAACCUCCUGUGUUGGUAAGUUGGAUAUGUGGGUACUCAAGAGAAUUCAAUGAUUUUUUUUUUUAGUAAUUCUGUACAUGUACACAAGUAAGAUUUUUCCCCUCUCUUUUAAGUUCAGGCUUGAUGUUGGUAUUUCCCCAGAAUAGGUUUAGAGGGAUCUCUUUUGUGAUUGUAUGUUACUAUUUAGCAUUCUGAUAUCUUCUUUCUACUUGUGUAAAAAUUGCAUGUAUGUGAAGGUAUUUCUUGACAUACUUCUGCAUUAACAGUUGAAAUUUCUUUUUUAUUCAUGACCACUGUCCCAGACCCGUAUAGCUGCUAUAGUUAACAUUUGUUUUAUGUAUGAUUUAAUUCUUUAGUAUAUUUUCCAGACACAUUAUUAAAGUCAGUUAUCUAGAAAAACAAAAUGUGCUAAGCGGUUGGUUUCCAGCACUUUGCUAUAGAUUUUAGUGUAGUAAGGAUGAUUAUGCUUUUUAGUUAUAAAACUGCAUUUGUUGUAGAAACAUACUGUUUGAGUCUUGGAAUGCUUAAUGAAAAAAAGGUUUUUUCAGAUAAGGUCUGUUUAAAUGUUGAAAGACUAGCUUUUAAGUUAUGUUUGAAAAGUCUCUGUCAUACGUUUUACUUUUAAUAAUUAUAAUUGAAAAUUGGUGUUCUGUUAAAAAUCCACUGUUUGCUUUUUUGCAUAUAUUAGAUUACAUGCAAUACAGUUUGUCUUGCCAUUGUCUGUUGAAGUGCAGGUUUGAUCCAGCCAGUAUAGAACUAGCUCUGUAGGGGUGAGGAGGACUGUGCUGUGUUAUCAUCCUUGAUUGUUCCUUCAAGGAGCAUUGCACUGUAAGUACAUCAGAGUGACAAAAUGAUGAACUGCAACAGUAUCUUUUUGUCAGUGUUCCACAUAAUGCAAAUGCCAUACCUGUGUGAAUAUUAUGUUGGAAUAAAAUACAGUGCUGAUAUUUUAGAAAAUUGCAAUUGGUUGUUUAAUCAGACAAAAAUGUGUGUGUAUGGGUAAGUAUUUUGAGAUAUUUAGCUUUAGCUAAAGAAUUCAUCAAUGAACUAACAUUGUUCAUUAGGGUUUCAGAAAUGAGAUAUAUUCAGAUAUCAACUUACAAAUUGUUAACAUUUAAAAAUGCUUGUCAGGAGGAAGUUGUUUUUGUCUUCAGUUGUCUGCAUAUUAGUGAUGCAGCUAUAUACUAUUUUUCUAAAUCUUUAUUAGCCUUAUCUUUAGAAAAUCAUUUUGUUGUUUUGGAGUGUUCAUUUAGAGUGGCUGCAAGAGAAGAACUGAAUGUGGUUUAAAAUGAAGUAGUAUUAUUGCAAAAAUAAUUAGAAAUGCAUUUGUUCUACUGUAGAAUCAGGAAGGAUUUUUUUUUAUCCCAGUUUAGUUUAGGAUUUACAUUUUGAAAAGACUACUAGAAGUUAAUAAAUAUAUAGAGAAGUAGGCUAUGAAGUCUCUUAAAUAUUUUGCAUGUUAAGUCUGUAGCUUAUUGGAAAAUGGUGUAGUUAUUAACUAAACAGAACAAACAUUCACCUGAUUCUUUAUCAUUCACCAAAUGGAGGCUGUUGAUUUUGAUUCAUUUAAAGUAUAAAAUCUUUAUUAAUUGCAAACAGUGCAAUUAUUUAUACUUCACAGUGCCUUCCCAGAUCUUCCACCUUAGGUUCUGCUGCAAAAAGCACAGGUAAGCACAACCUAAGGAAGUGUAUAAAUACAUAUUUCAGUAUAUCAAUGUUGUCCCUGUGAGAUUUUUUUUGUGCUUGUGUAUUCAAAAGCAAUCUGCCAAUAUCUUUUCCCAAAUGUAUUCUGCUAUUCAUGGUUUCAUUCCAAUGAGAAUUCUGAAACAAUUAUUUACAUUUCUGGGUAAAUGUGUAUCUUUAUUUUUUUAAAGAUAAGUGGAUUGCUGCAAUAAUUUUUGAGUAAGUCACUUUUACUAUUUUCCCUCAAUAGUUGUUACAAAUGAAUAUAAAAUAUUUUUUCAAGAUACAGGAAAUAUUGGUCAGAACUUCAACAGCCUUCACAAAUGCUUCUAUAAUGUGGAUGUUAUACCCAAAUACUACGUAUUCAAAUAUACUGUAUGUUUCUCUCAAUCUUAAGAUGAUACACCAUAAACCAUAAAUUAAUAUAGCUUGAUUAUUUUAUGCAGAAGGAAAACAAGUGAGAUUUUACUUUUGCAAAAUAGUUCUAAAAAUAUUGUGCCAGUGAUAUGUUAACAAGUUUGGCAGAUCUUUUCUUUUUAUAGGAAUUUCCUUCCUACUUUGCUAUUUCAGCUGAAUUGCUGUAUAUUUUUGCUAGUUUUAAAAUGUUUUGUAUAUGACUUACCUAGGUAGCUUAAUUUUCAGUUUAAAUAGACAAUUUUAAGGCAGUACCAUCAGUUUUUGUUUGUCACUUAAUAAAAUGUUUUGAUUUUAUCGAAAGUCCUGCUUUUCUGUGCAUGAAAGGAAAAUAUUCAAAAACCCUGCCUUCAUUUUCACACACAGUGCUGAAGAUGCUGCAAGCACCAAAUCAUAGCUCAUAAAAUCAGGUCCUGAGAUAGUUACUUCCAAUAAAGAGGAUUCCUUUGAGUGUAUGGCCCUGGUGAGCCGAUGAGCAUGGACCAUAGAAGGGCUCCAUGUAGAAGGUAAAAUUGGCAAAAACAAUACCGAUUUUAAAUGUAUCCCAUACUUAAUGGUGUAGGGUAUAAUUUGCCUGUUUUUAUCGCUUCUCAUUCUUUUAAGUGCUAUUUGCUUGACCAUAAAUGUUCCAUAACUUGUUGUGUGAUUAUAAAAAUUAUUUAUCAGUUUACACUUUGCUAAAUAGUCAAGCACGGAUAUGUCUUGCGUUUACAACUAAAUCAGUAGUUGUACUUGAAUUCCCUCAAGCCACUUUAUUUUAUUUUGGGGGGGAUAUACUUUGAUAUGUCAGAUAAAUUUUUAUAUGAAAGCUAGCUACAUGCUGAAGAGCUUCAUCUUGGUUGAAUUUUGUUUCAGCAUUAUAAAAGAAAACUUGUUUUUUCCUAUUCAUUUUUAACAAACAGCAUAAAUUGAAAUUUAAGUCAAAGUCAGGAGAUGUAACAGG